UCCGGUAUGCUUGCAAUUGGCUGUUGACUACAAUGGGGUUCAACUAUGUGGGAGUUAGUGUGGUGCUGCUAGUUGUAGUUGGGCUGUCAACAGCACAAGUGCUGUCACUGGGGCAUUUUCAAGUUCCUGCAGGAUUUCAACCUAAUGUACCAGGGCAGGCUUCACCUCAAGGGAGUGUUGGGUCACCUUCUCAAUCAAUGCAGAGUGUUUCCCAAAUUGGAAGCCCUGUAGGAGCACCACUUGGACUGCAGCUUCAAACUCCUCUGGGCUCUCAACAACAGCAAGUCUUGCAGCAUCUAGUGAAGAACCUGACUUGGCGUUAUCCAACACCCCCAAAGAUCCCUAUGCCACCAACCUAUGUGAACCCUCCAGGACAGGGUGAUGCUGUUCCUACCCAGGGUGUAACGGCAAGAUGCAAUGAGACUGCAGUGCAUGUAGAAGUGAGCACAGGUGUGUUUGGAAGCAGUACAACCCUCAAUGUUGCUGCGCUCACACUGGGAGGCUGUGCUGCCACAGGGAUGGAUGCUUCUUCUCGGUUCCUUAUCUAUGAAGCACCAUUGUAUGGCUGCAACAGUGCUUUGACUGUGACUGCGGAUGAGCUGGUCUAUAUCUUCACUCUUGGUGUUGCUUCAGCCCCAAUAAGUGGGACUCCCAUUCUGAGGAAUGCUGGAAUUGGUGUCUUCAUUGAGUGUCACUAUCCAAGAUUCCACAAUGUGAGUAGCAAUGCUCUCCUGCCUGCUUGGAUCCCAUUUGCUUCUGCCCAAGCUGCUGAGGAGCUUCUUGUUUUCUCCUUGAGGCUCAUGAUGGAUGACUGGGUCACUGAAAGAACAUCCAAUCAGUACUACCUGGGUCAGCUUAUAAACAUUAAGGCAUCAGUUUUGCAGUUCAACCAUGUGCCCCUGCGUGUCCUUGUAGAUGGCUGUGUGGCCACUGCAGUCCCUGACCUCAGUGCAGUCCCCAGAUAUUCCUUCAUUGAAAACCAUGGGUGCCUGAUUGAUACGAAGAUUACACACUCUGGUUCCCGGUUCAUGCCUCAAACUCAAGCAAAUGAGCUAGGGUUUCAGCUGGAAUCCUUUACAUUUCAACAGUCGAACAGUAGCUUGGUCUACAUUGCAUGCGUCUUGAAGGCAACAGCUGCAUCUGCCCCUGCUGAUGCCGAGCACAAGACUUGUUCGUUCUUUAACAAUGGCUGGACUGCUGCAUAUGGUCCUAACCAGGUAUGCAGUUGUUGUGACAGUAGCUGUGCCAUGAGGAAGGGCCGUGAUCUGUCCUCAGAGCAAGGCUUCCAUGUGGAGAAGAAAGUAAGCCUUGGUCCAAUCAGGGUUCUAAAAAAUGAAUGGUAGUCAAAUGACUCAUUUUGUCUGAAUAAAUUUUAAUACUUCUCA